AUGGGCGCUACCAUCAUGACCCCUCCCCUGGAACCCUCAUCACCUAUGGACGGCGGAAUUCGCAAGCGAGUAUGCAAGGCUUGCGACCGCUGCCGUCUAAAGAAGUCGAAGUGCGACGGUGCCAGCCCCUGUAGUCGCUGUAAAGCAGACAAUGCCAUCUGUGUCUUCGGCGAGCGCAAGAAGUCCCACGACAAGGUCUAUCCCAAAGGUUACGUAGAGAUGCUCGAGAGCCAACAAGCACAACUUGUAGCCGGCCUACAAGAGUUGUACAAGCGAACGCAGAACGGCCUAGGCUGGACCGGCGCACCUUUGAAGGAGUCGGCCAACGGUGUUCCUUUGACCCACGACAUUCUGGAGAGGCUGGGAGCCUUGAAGCAAGAUGGUCACACAGGCGAUGUCUUCGAGGAGGAUCUCAGUGUUCUGCAACAGAGGCUGAUCGCCGAUGGCGCUGGUUUCAUGCAGCGACAACCGUCCCACGAUUCACACUCGGACAGCAGCGCACCCUCGCCCAUCUACGAGCCCGUUGCCCAGCGGCCCAAUUUCACGAAUCCAUUCAACCUGAACCAGUUCCCCCCGACACCACCGAACCAAAGCCCAUUCCCCCAGAACGCACGCGUCAUCCCCACCAAAUCCCACUCGUUUCCUCAUACUCAAUCGAACCUCAGCUGGAACACUCCAGUCUCGGAAUUUGACGACAGCAUGGAUUUCAUCAACCAAUUCGAGUCGCCCGUAAUGGAGUCCAGCAUCGAUAUGAACUCGUUCCCGCCAACCAUGUUUCAGGAUCAUAUCGUGCCCGCCGCCAUCAAUCCCUGCCUGACUAUGAAGGAUUGGGCAGGUCAGGAAGAUCUUCAGCGCUACUUCCACGCCAACAUGAUUUCAUAA